AUGUCGAACAGGUCCAUUUGCAAGUUCUUUGUGAAUGGUGCUUGCUUUAAAGGAGACUACUGUCAAUUCUCCCAUGACUGGAAUGAUCAACCAAAUGAUGUUUGCACAUUUUACCAGAACGGUGUGUGCUCUUAUGGCAGUCGUUGCAGAUAUGAACAUGUUGAAGUUUCUUCUGAAUACACCCCACCAUCAACUACUGCAGCACUCGCACCAUUCAACUCUUAUCGGUCUUGGUGUCCUCUUUGUGAGGGGGAAAUAGAUGUGAGCAACCAGACACAAAAAAGUUUAUCGGCAUGCUCUGUGCAUCAAUCUACCUGGAGAUUUGAUGAUGAAGAUAGCAUUCCAGAGGAUGGGAACAGCUUGUCAAUGUCAUCAGCACUAACUGCACAAAACCAAGCGCCCCACCCACUUGCUCAUCUGCCCAUAUGCUCUUUUGCUGCAGCUGGAACUUGUCCCUAUGGGAAGAAGUGCCCUCAGAUGCAUGGGGAUCUAUGCACAACCUGUGGAAAACAGUGCUUGCAUCCCUACCGUCCCAGCGAAGGUGGGGCUCAUAUCAAGCUCUGCAAAAGAAACAACAAACGUCUUGAGGCCUUGAAAAAAAGUGAAGAGAUAGAAUGUAGUGUAUGUUUGGACCGUGUGCUUUCAAAGCCCACAGCAGCGGAAAAGAGGUUUGGGCUUCUACCUGAAUGUGACCAUGCCUUCUGUAUCACAUGCAUUAGGAAGUGGCGCAGCAGCUCUCUUACGUCUUCUAUGGAUAUCGACUCUACAGUCAAGGCUUGUCCAAUAUGCCGCAAAGUCUCGUACUAUGUCAUUCCUAGUGCUACAUGGUACUCCUCGAAGGAGGAAAAACAGGAUAUAAUUGACGGUUACAAGGCCAAGCUCAAGUCGAUUGAUUGUAGGUACUUUGACUUUGGAAGGGACACUUGCCCCUUUGGCGGUCGAUGUUUCUACAAGCAUGCCUACACCGAUGGGCGUUUGGAGGAGCCGGCAACGGUGGCAGUGCUUCAUUUUCAUGCCGACAAUGAAAGUAUGGAGCAUGCAAGAAAUAUCGGAAAAUUCUGUUCCAACAUGCAGGUUGGCGUACUUGCUCAGCCGGUUACAUCUGUAGAAGGGAAGCAGUUGAGAAGAGAAGUACUUACUUAG